CACCGUUUCUUUCAUCUUUGAACGUCUUUCUUAUUCCGUAUUUACAAUGGGAAAAUGGACGCAGCUACAUGUGGAAACUGUCUUGACAGACAAAAUGCGGUCGAUGGUACAUUCUGUGAUGCAGGACAUCAAACUGAAUGAAUUUGAUCCACCCAUGUCUUUCGAUGCGUUUGUGGAACAUCUUGACACCAACAAUGCGUUUGUGAGGCAGUUGGUGGAGCUGAUGGUCAUGGAAACUGCAGAUACGCGUAAAUAUCCUCGACAUUCAGAGUCCACACACAUCUCUGGCCGCACCUUCAAUAAGUUGCAAUUCUUGAGCUCCAGAUAUCACGUCAGUGGGUCUCGGCGCUCGAGCACGCGGAGAUCAGAAAUUGUACCGCCUAUCGAUACCGAGCGGGUAGCGAGAAUACCAGACCUGGCAAACGCCGGAUGGACAGAUCUCGCUGAAGAGAUUGCGCAUGACGAAGAAAUGCUCGAACUAUCUCUUGGGGACUUUCCACUGGCGACCGGUGGUCUUGGUGGUCGCUACGAACUGAUGCUCCAAGAUGGUGUCGAUCUAGAUGCUAGCAUACCCAGGCGGCGUCAGGCGACAACUCCUCCGUGGAACGCCUCCAUCCCCCCACUGAAUGAUGGUACCUCGAGCACAACCGGCCUGGAUGCCACGUUACUCGGCCGCUUACGGGGUAGUACUCCCAAUCCAACAUCGCCACCCAGCACUGGUCCUAUGCGACAACAAUCUUCUCGAAGACCUCCUCGAGGGAGAAUGGUCGAUUUUAACGAAUACACCGGUCGUCUGCGAGCGGCUCGCAGAGCUCACGAUGGUCGACCACGCACGGCCUCUGGUGACUUUAUAGAGGAAGAUAAUGCUAUUGCGUCCCCUAUAUCGCAUGCAUAUCGCGUGGAUUCCUCCACAGACGCUUACCGCGAUGGGCCGUCUGACAACGAUGAUCCUCUCGAGCCUUUCAUUCGUCCACGCCCAUACAGGCAAGCUCCGAGCUCACACGACUAUGCCACGCUGGAGUCUGCUGUACGGCGGCACCUUAUAUCUGGUCGACUCCGUCGCGGUGGCAUCCCACCACCAGAAAACAUUGCCGAUAUUGCCGCCUUUCAGAACUCUACGCAUUUGACAGUCGGUUCAGGUGUAACAGCACCAAGAUCCAUUAUUGAUGGUUCUCCGACCACGUUUCUUCGCUCCCCCUCGCCCCUCAUCAGCCUUUUUGAAGGCAACGAGCACAUUCUUAAUGGGCACAGGAGUCAUUCCUUUGCUCCAUCGUCUACCGCCGCAAGAACAGAGGCUACUCAUCUGGCUACGCUUCGUUCCAGUACUCCGGGCUCUGUCGGUGCCGCCGAAGGCGAAACUACAAGUUCUUCCGGUCCUGUGGGUGCGCCUGAGUGGGCAUAAGGCCGCUCACCGUUGCCUUGUACUUGCUGCAUCUCUUUCUCCAAAAACGGCGCCGACUGCCCCAGCCCCAUUGCUUGGCAAUUUUUUUCAUUCCAGGAGGAACUGUGCUUGUAUGCUUGUUCUGCCUUUUAAAAGUGUGCUCAAUUACGAGAGCCAUCCU